ACCGCGCCCGCCCCGCCUUCGCCAUGUUGGGCGCCGGCCCGCCAGGGGGCGCCCUGCCGGCGCGGGGGUGCGGGCCAGAGGCAGCCCGGGGGGUCCCACAAUACUGUCUGCACUGGGAGCCCAGGUACAGUGGAGGGGAGGCAGAGGAGGACCCCCAUCAGAGGAGCUGGACUGCAGGGGUGAGGUGCUUGGUGGCCGGUGCCGCACUGCGAGCCUCGUGCAGUCACCCGGUGAGCACAGGACUGUGCCACGAGGAGCAGAGGAGAGGCAGAAAGUCUCAUCAACCCAUCCUAGCAGCGUCUUCACUGCAACCAAGAACCAGUGCUCCACCUGACAGGACUAAAAGCCGUGACUGCGGAUGGGGACUCCGCCAGCUCGCAGCACCGGGUGAGGCUGGCGACCCUGUGCGUGAGACUCGAGUUCCCAGACUCAAGACCUCCACUCCAGUAGUGCCGAGUACGACCGAGACGAGUGUUCAGCCCCCACCUCGCCAAGGAAGACACAUUCCGUGUGACCAUCCGAGUGAGCUCAGGACGCCCCGAGUGAAGAGUCCUGCUCUGCUAAGUGGCUUGGCGAUGACAUUUCACCGGGGAGAAGCAGCCUCUCGCCAUCUUGAAAAAUGCCUCAUAGGAAUAUGUUAG